GUUUUCAUAUUUUGAUUGGUUCAGAUUUUUGGCAGUAAAGUUUAUGUUGUUGACAAUUUGGUCCCUUAGAAGAUAAGAAUGGAGCUCAUACGUGUCGUUCCCCCGCCUUCCCCCACCGGUUCUGCUUACCUUCCCCCCACCUGCUUUAGAACGCCUCAAAAACAGUUUUAAUCCUCUUCUUCAAACCUCCUCUCUGAUAUGUAACCUCUACCUGCCUCCAUUGGUCGGCCGUGUCGGCAGUCCAGCGCCUCCGACGUUCAAUCGAUGUUCCACCAGACGAGCGCUUCACUGACUCAAAAUGGAAGGAUAUAUCCACAGGUCGGCGACUAAUGGAUCGAGAACGCCUUUAAUCAUCUCACCAAGUCGAUGGUUCUUCUACUUCACAUAAUCAUCUUGCUGCACGGAACCAUCGACGGUCCAAUGGCAAGAAGACGAUUUCCAGAUGUAGAAGAGUUCUAUCAGCAGUGCGACCCUGGAAAUGGCAUGAAGCACAGAUGCCAGCUGCUAGGCCGCUCCAAAGAAACGAACACAACAGCAGCAACAAUGGCUCAAACGGAGCAGGGCAGUAGAGUACUAUUGGCCAUAUUAGAUGGUGGUGGUGGCACUGUGUGA